AUGAAAGGACUGGAACCAGUUACUAUAGAUACAGAUGAAAUUAGAGAAGUAUGGGCACAUAAUCUAGAAGAAGAAAUGGCCUUGAUAAGAGAAUUGGUUGACGAUUACAAUUAUAUAGCGAUGGAUACAGAAUUUCCAGGUAUAGUUACUAGACCUGUUGGAUCAUUUAGAACACCAUCAGAUUAUCAUUACCAAACACUUAGAUUAAAUGUAGAUCUCUUAAAAAUAAUUCAACUUGGUCUUACCUUUUCCGAUUCAGAUGGUAACCUUGCCUCAAAUACCUGCACAUGGCAAUUCAACUUUAAGUUUAAUCUAAAUGAGGAUAUGUACGCACAGGAUUCAAUCGAUUUGCUAUCAAGAAGCGGUAUCGAAUUUAAAAAGAAUGAAGAAAAUGGCAUCGAUGUAUUGGAUUUUGGUGAUUUGUUAAUGUCUUCUGGAAUCGUAUUAAACGAAAAGAUUAAAUGGAUUUCUUUUCAUAGCGGAUAUGAUUUUGGAUAUCUUAUAAAGGUACUAACUUGUACAGCUUUACCUCAAGAAGAACCAGAAUUCUUUGAUUUGGUUAGGACCUAUUUCCCAUGUAUUUAUGAUAUCAAAUAUUUGAUGAAGAGUUGUAAAAAUUUGAAAGGUGGAUUAAGUGAAUUGGCAGAGGAUUUAGAUAUUAAAAGAAUUGGACCACAACAUCAAGCAGGCAGUGAUAGUUUGCUAACAUGUACGACAUUCUUUAAAUUGAGAAAGAUGUACUUUGAAAAUCAAAUCGAUGAUUCCAAGUACCAAGGAAUUCUAUAUGGUCUCACUUCAUCAUUUUCACAAGAUAAUAGCCAACAAAAUAACAAUAAUAGUAAUAGCAGCAGCAGCAGCGGCACCACAAGUACCAGCACCAGCUCGACCACCAGCACAUCCACCUCUUCAUCCACUUCAUCACCAUCCUCAUCAUCACUCCCAAAUAACAAUAGCUAUACUGCAUCUGCAUCAUCUUUAAAUGGGCAUAUGUCUGAACAAGUCACUGCCCCAUACAACCCACGUUUCCCAAACAUGAACCAAACCAAGCACUGUUGGGCUAGUUAUGUAGAUUUCAACGGUUGCGUUAAGCAUUAUGAAGGCGACGAAUCAAAGUGCAUGGAAUUCAAGCAAUCUAUGAACUCUCUUUGCCCAGGCAAAUGGUUGUCUGACUUUGAAGAACAAAGAGAAGCUGGUAUUUUCCCAACCAACAGAUUUUAA